UGGGAUGGCGGGCAUGCGCCACCACGCCUGGAUGCUUUCUAAGCAGCGAGAACAACAAUUUGUUGGCCUUGUUGGACCCCUCCUCACUGGCACCCACAAACGUGAAGCAGGGCCCCUCUGUCCCCUGCACUGCCCUGGGUACUUUAGGUCCUGAGGUUGCAGUCUCCCUCUGUGCCACCCAGUUCACAGGCAGGGUCCAUGGGUCGACUGUUCCCACGGGAUGUGGUGGAGCUGGCUGUCAGUGGGCGCCUGGCAAAUGGGGACACAGCAGGAGCGGCAGCCCAGAGCGAGCAGGGGGCUGGGAGGGAAGCCGUGCCAGGUGCUACAGCGGGGUCCUAGAAGGGCCUGGCACUCCCAUGGCAGGAACGAGCUGCCCCUCACUCUGGUCUGGACCACACUCAGCCAAGGGCCCCUACGGCACUACAAUCGGGGGAGAUGUGAGCCCCCACCCAUCCGGGGAGCAUCUGGGGUUGAGAGGGUCCCCCCAGAAGGACUCCCACGGGGACUAAGUGGGAAGUCCAAGGAUGCCCUGAAGGUUCCAGAGCGCCACCGGUGCCACACAGCACAGGGGAUACACUCAGCCUGAGGACCUGGUCACCACGUCAACCACACCCUGCAGUCAUCCCAGGGUGCAGGCACUUGGACAAGGGUCAGGAUUACCACACCCUCGAGGUGCCCCUCGCUUGGUCCUGAGGUGCAGGAGCUCAGCCUGGGGCCCGGGGGCCUGGCUCUGGCCAGUGUCCUGUCACCACACUGCCCCCUCCCCGCGUGCAUACCUUGCCCACAGCCGAGCAGCUGGGAAGCUAUUUAUAAAGGCGGGUGAGAUCAGCAGCCAAAGCUAUAAAUGCACAGGCCACCACCAGGCCCCACAGGAGCCGCUGCCCGGAGUGCUGGAGCUGCAGGCUGUGAGGCCAGGAUGAACGACAGCACGGGUGGUGGCGGUGGUGCCGACAGUGGUGGCAGCAGCAGCAGCAGCUCACAGGCCUCCUGCGGGCCCGAGUCCUCGGGCUCUGAGCUGGCACCAACUAUGCCAGCACCACAGAUACUGCCAGGGCUGCUGGGCUCUGACAAUGAGGAACAGGAAGACCCCAAGGACUACUGCAAGGGUGGCUACUAUCCGGUGAAGAUCGGUGACCUGUUCAACGGGCGCUACCAUGUGGUGCGCAAGCUGGGCUGGGGCCACUUCUCCACCGUGUGGCUCUGUUGGGACAUCCAGCGCAAGCGCUUUGUGGCCCUGAAAGUGGUGAAGAGUGCCGGGCAUUACACGGAGACAGCUGUGGAUGAGAUCAAGCUCCUCAAAUGUGUUCGGGACAGCGAUCCCAGUGACCCCAAAAGGGAGACCAUCGUUCAGCUCAUAGAUGACUUCCGGAUCUCAGGGGUCAACGGAGUCCAUGUGUGCAUGGUGCUGGAGGUCCUGGGCCACCAGCUCCUCAAGUGGAUCAUCAAGUCCAACUACCAAGGCCUUCCAGUGCCCUGCGUGAAAAGCAUCAUGAGGCAGGUGCUGCAUGGCCUGGACUACCUGCACACCAAGUGCAAGAUCAUCCACACGGACAUCAAGCCUGAGAACAUCCUGCUGUGCGUGGGUGACACCUACAUCAGACGCCUGGCAGCCGAGGCCACCCAGUGGCAGCAGUCAGGGGCCCCGCCGCUGUCCCACUCCACAGUCAGCACUGCCCCCCAGGAGGUCCUGACUGGUAAACUGUCAAAAAACAAGCGGAAGAAGAUGAGGCGCAAACGGAAGCAGCAGAAGCGGCUGCUGGAGGAGCGCCUGCGGGACCUGCAGCGGCUGGAGGCCAUGGAGGCUGCAGGCCAGGCUGAGGGUGAGGGGCCAGCGAGGGCACCACCCUGCCAGCGAGCACAUGCGCAGGCUGCUGCUCACACGGGCCUCUGCCCCAAUUCCCCAGACUCUGGCUUGAAACUCGAGGGAGGCAGUGGCUCCACCUCCUCCUCGGGCUGCCACCCUGGGGGUGUCCGGGCCAGCACCUCCCCAGCCUCAUCCUCCCCCGCUCCCGGGGGCGACCGAAGCCUUAGCCCCGGCUCACAGACAUCGGGCUUCUCGGGUUCCCUGUUCUCUGCGGCCUCCUGCUCCAUCCUCUCAGGCUCAUCCAAUCAGCGUGAGACCGGGGGCCUCUUGUCACCCAGCACACCCUUUGGUGCCUCGAACCUCCUAGUGAACCCCCUGGAGCCCCAAAAUGCAGACAAGAUCAAGGUCAAGAUUGCGGACCUGGGCAACGCCUGCUGGGUGGAGCCCUCUUGCCUCCAGCACAAGCACUUCACGGAGGACAUCCAGACGCGGCAGUACCGGGCUGUGGAGGUGCUGAUCGGCGCAGAGUACGGGCCGCCAGCAGACAUCUGGAGCACGGCCUGCAUGGCCUUCGAGCUGGCCACUGGAGACUACCUGUUUGAGCCUCACUCUGGAGAAGACUACAGUCGUGACGAAGACCACAUCGCACACAUCGUGGAGCUGCUGGGCGACAUCCCCCCGGCCUUCGCCCUCUCUGGACGCUAUUCCCGGGAAUUCUUCAACCGGAGAGGAGAGCUGCGGCACAUCCACAACCUCAAGCACUGGGGCCUGUACGAGGUACUCAUGGAAAAGUACGAGUGGCCGCUGGAGCAGGCCACGCAGUUCAGUGCCUUCCUGCUGCCCAUGAUGGAGUACAUCCCCGAGAAACGAGCCAGCGCCGCCGACUGUCUGCAGCACCCGUGGCUCAACCCCUAGUCCCACCGCCCCACCUGUGGGCACAGUGCCCUCCCCACCGGAGGCCAGCGUCCUCGGCCACUGCAGUCCGCCCAGUGGCCUCCAUUCAGGAGAGCGUUCGCGUUUCUUAAUAAAGUGUGCACUGAA